AUGACUACGUUCAGGUUCUGCCGUGACUGUAACAACAUGCUGUAUCCGCGCGAGGACAAGGAGAACCAGAGACUGCUGUUCGAGUGUAGGACCUGCUCGUACGUGGAGGAGGCUGGGACGCCGCUGGUGUAUCGACACGAGCUGAUUACGAACAUCGGGGAGACGGCGGGGGUCGUGCAGGACAUCGGGUCUGAUCCCACGCUUCCGAGAUCCGACAGAGAGUGUCCCAAGUGCCAUUCAAGAGAGAACGUGUUCUUCCAGUCGCAGCAGCGCAGAAGCGACACGUCGAUGGUGCUGUUCUUUGUGUGUCUGGCGUGCUCGCACAUCUUCACCUCGGACCAGAAGAACAAGAGGACGCAGUUUUCAUGA